CAGGUGCUCUGCGCCCUGGUUGCGUGCAGGUGAGCGGCUGCGGGUUCAAGGGGCGCCCGCUGCUCCCGCUACCUGCCUGCCAUUGCACGGGGUCUUCUAGAGGAAGCACCCUCCGACCCUUCCUUCUCUUUGCCCCCAGCCGAUGUGGACGCUUCGGUCGCUGUGAGGAUUAUCUUCCAGUGAACUGAUCAAGUACUUAGAAAAUGACUUCAAAACUUCUCUGGGUGUCCUUCAUACUUGCUGCAUUAACACUUUCAAUUACAUUUGCUCUCCCACCAAACCAGCAAAAGGUUCUGUUAGUUUCAUUUGAUGGAUUCCGUUGGGAUUACUUAUAUAGAGUUCCAACACCCCAUUUUCAUUAUAUUAUGAAUUACGGUGUUCAUGUAAAACAAGUUACUAAUAUUUUUAUUACUAAGACUUAUCCUAAUCAUUAUACUUUGGUAACUGGCCUCUUUGCAGAAAAUCAUGGGAUUGUUGCAAAUGAUAUGUUUGAUCCUAUUCUGAACAAAUCUUUUUCCUUGGAUCACAUGAAUGUUUAUGAUUCUGAGUUUUGGGAAGAAGCAACACCAAUAUGGAUCACAAAUCAGAGGGCAGGACAUUCCAGUGGUGCGGCCAUGUGGCCCGGAGCAGAUGUGAAAAUCCAUAAGAGCUUUCCUACUCACUACCUGCCUUACAAUGAGUCCAUCUCAUUUGAAGAUAGAGUUGCCAAAGUUAUUGAGUGGUUUACGUCCAAGGAGCCCAUAAAUCUUGGCCUUCUUUAUUGGGAAGAUCCUGAUGACAUGGGGCACCGUUUGGGACCUGACAGUCCUCUGAUGGGGCCUGUCAUUUCAGAUAUUGACAACAAGUUAGGCUAUCUCAUACAAAUGCUGAAAAAGGCAAAGCUGUGGAACAUGCUGAAUCUAAUCAUCACAAGUGAUCACGGAAUGACUCAGUGUUCUGAAGAAAGGGUAAUAGAACUAGACCGGUAUGUGGAUAAAGACCUCUAUACCCUGAUUGAUCAAUCUCCAGUAGCAGCCAUCUUGCCUAAAGAAGGUAAAUUUGAUGAAGUCUAUGAAGCACUAGCUCAUGCUCAUCCCAAUCUUACUGUUUACAAAAAAGAAGAAAUUCCAGAAAGAUGGCAUUACAAAUACAACAAUCGGAUUCAACCAAUCAUAGCGGUGGCUGACGAAGGGUGGCAUAUUUUACAGAAUAAGUCAGAGAACUUUUUGUUAGGCAACCACGGUUAUGAUAACGCACUAGCAGAAAUGCAUCCAAUAUUUUUAGCCCAUGGUCCUGCCUUCAGAAAGAAUUUCACUAAAGCAGCAAUGAACUCCACUGAUCUGUACCCUCUGCUGUGCCACCUCCUCAAUAUCAGUGCCAUGCCACACAAUGGAUCACUCAGGAAUGUCCAGGAUCUGCUCAGUUCAACAACUCCAGAAGCAACCCCUUCCACGCAGAGUACAACACCCCUCCCUGCUGGUGUCUACCCAAGACAACACAAACAAGAGGAGUCAUACGCUUAUUUUAUAGGGAUCUCUCUCGGUAGCAUUAUAGUUAUUGUAUUUUUUAUAAUCUCCAUUAAACAUUUAGUUCGCAGUCAAAUACCUGCCUUGCCAGAUAUGCAGGCUGAAAUAGUUCAACCGUUAUUACAAGCCUAAUGCUACUUUGAAGUGGAGAUUGCAUCAUUAUGUCAGUGUUUAAGGUUUCAGGGGAAACCAGUUUCAGACAUCUGCACAAACCGUUAAGCAGUUACCUACAUGUUCAAGCACAGUCACAGACACGCAGAUUGGCCCACAUACACGUGCCUGCAAAGGAUUAAAGCUGUGGAGGGAUGUUUCCAUUGUUCUUUCUAGCCUAGAGGUAGAUAAGAUCCUGCUUUAUUGGAACUUGGCACAUGUAUAUAUUUAGCAACUUUGCACUAUUUAAAAUACUUUAUAUAUUGCACUUUAAGUUACUCUCCUAAUGGGUACUCUCUUUAUGUGAAAUGCACUUUAUUGACAAUUAGGUCUUUUAACUCGCUUGAAAGACUUUGCACCCAUGUCACAGAAUAUUUGUUACUCAUUGUUUGAAUGGAAUGAAGUUUCCAAUUCCUGGGUAAUGUAAAAAUCUAUCUCCUUUAAUUGGAGGUGAUGAAUGUGAAAACUAUGGAAAAUUAAAUGAACAUUUGUACAUCGAAUUUUGGAGAGAUGCAUUCCCAACAGUAGGAUGCAUUAUUGGGCAUUCCUUUCCUAAGGACAUGGGUUUUCAUUUUAUUUUCCCCCUAAAAAAAGAGAUUCAAAUAUUUGACAGAUUCUUGCUAAACAUACUGUUUCUGUCAUUAGACUUAUCAUUGCUCUGUCCUGAUUGGUUAUUUUACUCUGGUUUUUCUAAGAAGACACCAGGAAUAUAAUUUCUGUUCUAUGUAGUUUAGCACCAGCUUGAUGAAAGAAAGCAAGUACUGUCGCAGAAUGUUUUCUCUUGUUCUGUAAUUACUUAGGUCUUUGAAACUCAAUCAAUUUUAAUCACAUUAAACAAUAGAUAUAGCGGUAUUUUCUUUCUAGUAACAAAGCACAAGCAUUUUUUAGAUUUGAGCAUCUUAAAAUCCAUAGUUGCAGGAAAGCACAAACUUGAUUUGGUAAAAUGUAGGCAACUCAGUCCUUGGAAAAGCUAGAACAUGGGGACAAAAGUUAGGCAGGGGCACAUUGGAGUUGUUCACACCAUACCCAGAGCAGUGCUGAUGGCAAAAGCUAGCAAGAUAACUCUUAGAGUAAUAACAGGUACUGCAAUGAGAGGAACUGAGGUGAUAGCCUUGUUUCAUGAAACAUUUGAAUACCCAUCAUCAGGGACUCAUCGGGAUCAAAGAUUAGUCCAAGUUCACGAAUAGGCUUCUACCUCUUGGGGAGUAUUUUUGUUCAGAAAUAGACUUCACCUCUUGGCUAGUUUUUUCACUUGCCCAGUUAUCUCAGCUUCUCCCAUGCUACCUCCUAAAGCUGCGCUCCAUCUCUUAAUUAGUCUAGUUACAGGGAGUGUAGGGUUUCUAGGACAUCUUAGAGAAAAGAGGAAGCAGCCCUGGAAACAAUAGCUUUUCUUGAAAUUAAAAACCACUUUGUAGACUCAUGACCUACAGAUAAUGUGAUUUUGUGUAUAUUUUUGCACUGCUGGGCUAAUAACUAGGUACGAUGGUAUAUGUAGUCCAGAAAGCAGGGAUAAUUUAGAUAUAAAAAUCAAAAGUGGCAUAGUGAAAGAUAUAAUUUAGAUGCUUCCUAAAACAAGUUGAAUGAAUUUUUUAAUGAAUUUUUUUAUAAGAAUAAUACUAAUGAAGAGUGUUAGCACCUGUUUUCAUUUUACUCUACAAUCUCUUAAUAGGAUAGAAUUGUAAUCACUGGAAAUGUAGGUUGCAAAGUUGAGGUGUGGGUGGUAGAUAGCAAACUCCUCAAGAAGUCUGAAUUCUAGAUUAGACAUUUUAGAAUAUCCAGUCACUCAAGUUGGCUUGUUUUAUAGAUGUGAAUUUAUCCUUACUGAGAUAUCUAUAUAAGACAGAAAGAUGAAAUUGGUUUAUUGAAAAGCAUGACUAUUGAAAUGCUAUAUGUACAUUUAAGCUAAUUGUUGCAUUAAAUUCCCUUUAGAAAGUGACCUUAAUAAGAAAGUAAUUUCUGUAACAUUGCUGAAAUCAUUAAAAUUCUGAUAUGAAGAUUUGAUUAUUAAAAGCCUUCUUUUAUUUACAGAUACUUAGUUUCCUGUAAACUAUCAGCAGGAGAGAAAAUAAAAAUUCCUUGGGAAA